AUGAUUCUCGCGUUGCUGAUCGCGGUUCUAGUAUGCUGGGCUGGUCCGCCGCCGGCAGCAGCCGCGGGGACGGCGAUGCAGCCGGGGGAGGCGUGCCUGCGGCGCUGCGGCAACAUCGACAUCCCGUACCCAUUCGGCGUGGGCAGCGGGUGCCACCUCGAGACGGGGGACUGGACAUUCUCCCUCAGCUGCAACCGCACCUCCGACGGGCGGCAGCGGCUGUACAACUACCAGAUCGAGGUGGUGGACAUGUCGGUGCGGCACGGGCAGCUGCGCAUCUACAGCCUCAUCAACCCGUGGUGCUACAACUCCAGCACGGGCGCCAUGAACGGGCAGAACAACUGGUGGUACGACAUGUCCAUCACCAACUUCCGCAUCAACGACGCGCUGAACCGCUUCACCGUCGUCGGCUGCAACUCGCUCGCCUACAUCCGCUCCCUCAACGACACCACCGACCUCUACAUGACGGGGUGCAUGGCCAUGUGCCCCGGCGUGGGCAGGCUCGAGAACGGCUCGUGCGCCGGGGUGGGCUGCUGCCAGACGGCCAUCCCGUCGGGCCUCAACGGGUACCAGAUCUCCUUCGAGGAGAAGUUCAACACCUCCGGGACGUCCAGCUUCAGCCCCUGCAGCUACGCCGUGCUGCUCGAGGCAGCCGCCUUCGACUUCCGCACCACCUACAUCACCACCGAUGAGUUCAUGGCGGCCAAUGGCAACCAGGUGCCGCUCGUGCUCGACUGGGCCAUCGGGAACAAGACGUGCCAGGAGGCCAAGCGCAACGCGUCGGCCUACGCCUGCGUCAGCGGGAACAGCGAGUGCGUCGACUCCAAGUACGGUCGAGGCAAGGGCUACCUCUGCAACUGCUCCGACGGCUACGACGGCAAUCCCUAUCUCCUCAACGGCUGCCAAGAUAUCAACGAGUGCGAAAGCUCCAGGUACCCGUGCUCUGUUCCUGGUACUUGCGUCAAUACUAUCGGAGGAUACAGCUGCGUUUGCCCUGACGAGAAAUCAGGCAACGCAUACAACGGAACAUGCGAGCGAAGAAAAUCCCAGCUUGGAUGGGAGAUCGCCAUUGGAGUCAGCAUCAGCAUCAUCGUGCUGAUAAUCACCGCCUCCUGCGUGUACAUGAUCUACGCGAAACGGAGGCUCGCCAAGAUCAAGAGCGAGUACUUCAAGCAGCACGGGGGCCACACGCUGUUCGAUGAGAUGAGGUCGAGGCAGGGGCUCUCCUUCAAGCUCUUCACCCAGGAGGAGCUGGAAGAGGCAACGGGCAGGUUCGACGAGCGCCACGUGAUCGGCAAGGGCGCCAACGGCACCGUGUACAAGGGCACCACCAAGGACGGCUGCGUCGUCGCCAUCAAGAAGUGCCGGCUCGCCAGCGAGAGGCAGAAGAAGGAGUUCGGCAAGGAGAUGCUCAUCGUCUCCCAGAUCAACCACCGCUACAUCGUCAAGCUCUACGGCUGCUGCCUCGAGGUGGAGGUGCCCAUGCUCGUCUACAAGUACAUCCCCAACGGCACCCUCUACAGGCUCAUCCACGGCAGGCGCGACGGCCCACGCAUCCCCUUCACGGCGCGUCUCAAGAUCGCCCACCAGACCGCCGAGGCGCUCUCCUACCUCCACUCGUGGGCCUCGCCGCCCAUCAUCCACGGCGACGUCAAGACCUCCAACAUACUCCUCGACGAGGACUACACGGCCAAGGUCUCCGACUUCGGGGCCUCCACGCUGGCGCCCACGGACGAGGCCCAGUUCGUCACGUUCGUGCAGGGCACCUGCGGGUACCUAGACCCGGAGUACAUGAGGACGUGCAAGCUGACGGACAAGAGCGACGUGUAUAGCUUCGGCGUCGUCCUGCUGGAGCUGCUGACCUGCAGGAAGGCGCUCAACCUGGAGGAGCUCGAGGAGGAGAAGUACCUCUCGUCGCAGUUCCUGCUGGUCCUAGGGGAGAACAGGCUGGAGGAGAUGCUAGACCCCCAGAUCAAGAGCGAGCAGAGCAUCGAGUUGCUCGAGCAGGCCGCGGAGCUGGCGAGGCAGUGCUUGGAGAUGCUGGGCGAGAAAAGGCCGACGAUGCGGGAGGUCGCGGAGGAGCUUGAUAGGCUGAGCAAGCUGGCGCAACAUCCAUGGGGGCCGCCGGAUUCUGGGGAGCUACUUGGGUUGCUCCGUAGCUCACCCUCACCGACCACGUACUCUGGCCACUCUAGACUAGAGCUUGGUAGCAGCAAUAGAAACGUUAGUUUCGGUGACACUGAAUACAUAGGAAUUCAGUCUCCGCGUUGAUUGAUGAUACAAUUUUGGGGUGUACUGCAAGGCUGGAGCUAUACAACACU